CUUGUCACCAUGAAGAUAUUACUUUGUGCCAAAUAUUUUCAGUGCCUAGCAAUUCCUGGCUCUAUGAGAGCAUUGCAUAAAGAUUACAGAACCGUGACCCCUCAGAAUUUCUCCAACUAUGAAUCCAUGAAACAGGACUUUAAACUAGAGAUCCCAGAGUAUUUCAACUUUGCCAAAGAUGUCCUGGACCAAUGGACCAAUAUGGAAAAGGCUGGGAAGAGACCUUCCAAUCCAGCCUUCUGGUGGAUAAAUGGAAACGGAGAAGAAGUGAGAUGGAGUUUUGAGGAACUAGGAUAUUUAUCAAGGAAAUUUGCAAAUAUACUUACAGAAGCCUGUGGUCUGCAAAGGGGCGAUCGAGUAAUUCUGCUUUUGCCCAGGAUCCCUGAAUGGUGGCUUGCAAAUAUAGCCUGUCUGCGCACAGGGACAGUUCUAAUUCCAGGAACCACUCAGAUGACCCAAAAAGACAUCCUCUACCGACUACAAUCUUCAAAAGCAAAGUGCAUUAUUACCAAUGAAGUUUUAGCUCCAGCAGUUGAUGCUGUUGCAUCUAAAUGUGAAAAUCUGCACUCCAAACUAAUUGUGUCUCAGAGCCCCAGAGAGGGUUGGGAGAACUUAAAGGAGAUGAUGAAACAUGCCAGUGACAACCACACCUGUGUGAAGACAAAACACAAUGAGAUGAUGGCCAUUUUCUUUACCAGUGGAACAAGCGGUUAUCCUAAAAUGACUGGACACACCCACAGCAGUUUUGGUUUAGGAUUAUCUAUAAAUGGAAGGUUCUGGCUGGAUUUGACCCCUUUGGAUGUCAUGUGGAAUACCUCUGACACAGGCUGGGCAAAAUCUGCAUGGAGUAGUGUUUUUUCUCCAUGGAUCCAGGGAGCAUGUGUAUUUGCACAUUAUUUGCCACGGUUUGAGCCAACUUCCAUCUUGCAAACACUUUCCAAGUUUCCCAUCACAGUCUUCUGUUCAGCACCAACUGCAUAUAGAAUGCUUGUACAGAAUGAUAAAGCCAGCUAUACGUUCAAAAGCUUGAAGCACUGUGUAAGUGCUGGGGAACCAAUCAACCCUGAAGUGACUGAACAAUGGAGAAACAGGACAGGUCUGGAUAUCUACGAAGGAUAUGGACAGACUGAAACGGUACUAAUCUGUGGAAAUUUUAAGGGAAUGAAAAUUAAGCCUGGCUCAAUGGGAAAACCUUCUCCUGCUUUUGAUGUUAAGAUUUUAGAUGUAAAUGGCAAUGUUCUACCACCUGGAAAAGAAGGAGAUAUUGGCAUUCGAGUUCGACCUAACCGACCACUUGGCCUUUUUACCCAUUAUAUAGAUAAUCCUACAAAAACAGCUUCCACUCUACGAGGCAAUUUCUAUAUCACUGGGGACAGAGGCUAUAUGGAUGAGGAUGGAUAUUUCUGGUUUGUUUCAAGAGCAGAUGAUAUCAUAUUAUCUUCUGGUUACCGAAUUGGUCCGUUUGAGGUAGAAAGUGCCCUGAUUGAACAUCCUGCAGUUGCAGAGUCAGCUGUUGUCAGCAGUCCAGAUCCCAUCAGAGGAGAGGUAGUAAAGGCUUUCAUUGUUCUGAAUCCUGAUUACAAGUCACAUGAUCAAGAACAACUGAAAAAGGAGAUUCAGGAGCAUGUAAAAAGAAAUACAGCACCUUACAAAUAUCCCAGAAAGGUAGAAUUUAUUCAAGAGCUGCCAAAGACUAUUAGUGGGAAGAUAAAACGAAAUGAACUGAGGAAGAAAGAAUGGGAAACAAUUUAA